CAAGGAAUGGUUUACUUCCCAGGAGUUCUUUGAAGUCAAGGUGAGGACCUGAAUGUAAAAUGAAGGAACCUCUCUUCCUGUAACAAAGGUGGCGCCACCAGAUCACCUGCUGUCCCUGACCACAGUCAUCAUGCCUCGGGGACAGAAGAAUAAGCUCUGUACCGGUGAGAAACGCCACCAAGCCCAAGAUGGGACCCAGCGUCAGAGGGGUGCUGAGGCCACUGCGGCCAAGGAAGAAGCACUCCCCUCCUCGGCCUCUCCUCCCUUUGAGGUUCUUACUCAGAGAAAUCAUGCUGCUGGGUCACGUAGCGCUCUCAAGAGGCCUCAGAGGGCCCUGUCCACCACCGCUGAGUCUGCAGGUGCUUCUCGCAUAAGAUCACACAAAGGAGCCAACUGCCAGAUUGAGAAAAAGCAAGGGUCCUCCCAGCCCCCUGUCUCCAUGAUGCAGCCUGCAGGAGACCCUGUAAGUGAAACAGCGAGUGUUCUGGUGCAGUUCCUGAUGCAUAUGUAUAGAAUGAAGAGGCCCAUUAUGAAAGCUGAUAUGCUGAAGUUUAUCAGUAAAAAGUAUAAAAAGCACUUCACUGAGAUCCUCAGAAGAGCCUCUUUCAGCUUGGAGGUGGUUUUUGGUGUUGAUGUAAAAGAAGUCGAUCCUACCAAGCAUUGCUAUGUCCUUGUCAGCAAAAUGGAGCUUCCCAACAACGGGACUAUACACCGUGGCUGGGGCUUUCCCAAGACUGGCCUCCUGAUGAAUCUUCUGGGCGUGAUUUUCCUGCAGGGCAACUGUGCUGCUGAAGAGAAGAUCUGGGAGUUCCUGAAUAAAAUGAAAGUCUAUGCGGGGAAGAGGCACUUCAUCUUCGGGGAGCCCAGGAAGCUCAUCACCCAAGAUUUGGUGAAGCUUAAGUACCUGGAGUACCGCCAGGUGCCUGGCAGCGACCCUCCGCGCUGUGAGUUCUUGUGGGGCCCCCGAGCCCACGCCGAGACCAGCAAGAUGAAGAUCCUGGAGUUUUGGGCCAAGAUUAAUCAUACCGUCCCCAGUGCCUUCCAACCUUGGUAUGAAGCGGCUUUGAGAGAUGAGGAAGAGAGAGCCAAAGGCACAGUCGCGCUCCAGGCUGAGACCGACGGCUCCAGCCCGUGAAUGUUCCAGGAAACGUCCAGCAGCUCCUCCCACACCUAGUGAAAUCGAGGCUGAUUCUUCAUCUUGUGACUGAAGAGAGCAGUCACUGUUCUAAGCAGUGGAGGCCUGGGUGUGAGUGAGGGAACACAGUGUAUAAUCCCUCUGUGCUCCUGUUCUGUCUGGCUAAUUUGGAGACUUAUCAGGGUUUUGAGUUUUUGCUACUUUUCAAAUGUUACUACUUUGAAAUGAAAUCUUAUCUAG